AGCUGGCAACAUUUUAGCAGCAACUCCAUCCACUCCACUGCGCCCAACACGCAUCACCACAGCAGCGGCCCGGGCAAUUGACUUGGUUAAAAGGCUCAUUAAAGGGCUCAUUAAAAGACUCAUCAAGGGCCGUUUGCCUUUCUCUGCUCUGCCGUCCUACAGUGUAUCUAGCCCCGUUGUUUUUGGCUCGUCGUCCCCGUCGCCAACGUCCCGCCUCCUCGUCGUGCGCUCCCCACGGUUGGCUAUGGACCAACCACCACCCGCCGCACCACCCCGCUGAAGCCACCAGGGCCUGUGCUGGGCACCCACGAUGCAGCUGCAGGCCACAGGCCGCACUCUGCUCUACCUGACCGCCGCAUGGGGCCUGCUGCCCCAGCCAUGCCUCGCCCGCGACGCCGCGUCGUGUGAGGCGAGGACCGUCAACUACAUCACACACUCCCUGCCCCAGCAGUGCCUGCGUACCGCCUGGUCUGCCACCGCGGCCACGCCCCUCCCCGCCGCAGGCGCCCCGUCGUCGCUACCUGCACCCGGUUCCGACGCCGCUGCCGCUGCCGCUGCCGCUGCCGCCGACGAGAGCCCGGACGAUGCCCGCCUCCACGAGAAGAGGCGGCGCGACGAGGCCGCUGCCGACUCGCAGGACCUGGCCACCAGCUCCUUCAUGUCCUUUGAGGAGUGGAAGGAGCUGCAGCUGAAGAAGACAGGGCAGGACCCCGCCGAUUUCAAGGGGCGCAAGCACCACGAACGCGACCGAGACGAUUACGCGUCUUCGCGCAACGACUUUGACAGCAUCGGCGACGAUGGCGAAAUCAACCUCGACUUUGUCGCCCUCUCAGAAAAGGUCUCGGAGAUCACGGUCUCGGGUGGCCGCAGCGAUGGCUCGUCGGUCGCCAGCCACGACCAGCAACUGCAGACAGCGCGCGACGCCAACGAGGACCUCAUUAUGCACGACGGGUACAAACGCAGCAAGGACGCCGGCAAGACGUGCAAGGAGCGCUUUUCGUUCGCCUCGUUCGACGCCGGCGCCGCCGUGCUCAAGACGGGCCCGCGCACAAAGAACGCAAAGGCCAUCCUGGUCGAGAACAAGGACUCGUACAUGCUGCUCGAGUGCUCGCAGAAGAACAAGUUCGUUAUCAUCGAGCUGAGCGACGAUAUCCAAGUCGACACGGUCGUCCUGGCAAACUUUGAGUUCUUCUCAAGCAUGGUCCGCACCUUUCGCGUCAGCGUCAGCGGCCUCUACCCCGUCAAGCUCGGGGGGUGGACGGACCUGGGCACCUUCGAGGCCCGGAACCAGCGCGACAUUCAGGCCUUCCUGGUCGAGCACCCGCAGAUCUUCGCAAAGUACAUCCGCAUCGAGUUCUUGACCCACUACGGCAGCGAGUACUACUGCCCCAUCUCACUCGUGCGCGUUCACGGCACUCGCAUGAUCGACUCAUGGAAGGAGGCCCAGGGCGGCCGCGACGACGACGACGAGGCCGGCAUCGACUCGGUGCCCCAUAACCAGCCCGAUUCGGCAGAGCCCGCAACGUUACCGCAGCAGCCGCAAGAGGCGGUGUCGCCUACAUGGGAGCAAGAGCCGCAGCCGCCGAGUCCGCGCCGGUCUGUCGCCGACGCCGCCAAAGCGACCACUACAGCCGUCACCACCGCGGUGGGACUCUCGCCCUGGCGCCCUGUCUUUUAUGAGUUCACUCGCCUGGACGUUUGUGAGGUGCCAACGCAAACGGUGGGUCAGAACAUGGCUGCCGACGGGCAACGGCCACGCCUGGCAUCAUCCCAUCUUGAUCACCUCUCCGAUGCAGCAUCUAUCAGCGACCACGACCAUCCAGGCAUAUCCCCUCUUUCCUUGCCAGCAUCCACCGCAGCCGACUCGCUCUUUAAGGAGCAUUAUUCGCCACCGGCGAAUGCAUCGCUUGCCGACCCUGCCGCAUCUUCCUACCCGGACCCGGCAUCCUCAUCGUCGCAACUUCACUCUUCAUCGUCGUCAUCACCGUCACAGAGGCCAAGAGACGCCCCACAAUCGGGCUCGGCCCCUCACCGCGCCCGCCCCGAGUCUCCGCAUUCGGGCCAGCCCAAAGCCCCAACCUCAGUGUCCAAACCGUCGUCGCAGGUGACCAACAGGGCCUCGGCGCCGGCGAAGGCCUCGGGCGCGGUACCGUCGUCGUCUAGGAACCGGACCGGCACCAACACAGGUGCCGCCGCUGCGCCAUCUCCGACCGUUCAGGAGAGCUUCUUUAAGACAGUGGCCAAGCGGCUGCAGCUGCUCGAGUCCAACACCUCGCUAUCGCUACAGUACAUCGAGGACCAGUCCCGGUUUCUGCAGGAGGCCCUCAUCAAGAUGGAGCGCAAGCAGAUCUCGCGUGUCGACGCCUUCCUCGACGGUCUCAACCGCACCGUCCUGGCCGAACUGCGCAGCGUCCGCCAGCAGUACGACCAGAUCUGGCAGAGCACCGUCAUCGCCCUCGAGUCCCAGCGCGACCAGUCCCAGCGUGAGAUAGUCGCGUUGAGCUCCCGCCUCAAUCUUCUGGCCGACGAGGUAGUCUUCCAGAAGCGCAUGGCCAUCCUGCAGUCCCUCCUCCUGCUGGCCUGUCUCGGCCUCAUAGUCUUUUCCCGCGGUUUCGGCGGGCCCGGCGCCUCCACGUCCUCCAACAUCGUCGCCUCGUCCGCCUACCGCCCAUGGACAGCCUGGCCCUCGUCCCCGCCGCCGUCGGCCGGCAUCCCAGGCAUGACCCCCAUGCGCGAGGGCGCAGACGACUCACCGCUGCCAUCGCCAUCGCCCUCGCCGCCGAGGCGCGGGAGCACUCCGGGGCGGUACGAUCCUAGCACCCCGCGCGGGCCACGUGGCACUCCCGCCCACAUCCGCCUCCACAGCAUCGCCUACUCAGACAAGACACUGCCCCUGACGCCCACGUCCGAGUACGGCGAUGACGACGGCCGUCGCGGCAAUGCCACCCCCUCCAUCCACGUUGUCGACGAGAGCGGUGCCAGCAGUUUCUUUGAAGACGCGUCCAGCUUCGAGCUGCUACACAAGUCGGACGGCGACAGGGACGGAGACACGUCAACCGAAUCACUUUACAGCAGCGACGGCAUCGUGCCCGCCACUGAGGUCCAGCCUGGGAUUGAAGUCAAAGAGAGGACGCCUCCGCCAGAGGAGGAGGUCGUCGUUCCUGGCAGCCAGGAAGGCGAGGCUGUUGCAGUGGGUCAAGAGCCGACCCCUGACGCAUCCGGCGACGACGAAGAAUCAGGCCCGCCCCUGACGCGGACCGGCAUGGCUCAGUUUGGGGAUGCGCGCAAGCCGUUGCCUGCUCUGCCUGAGGACCCCGACCCGAGCUGAAGGGGUACGAGGCGGGGGGAGGGCUCAUUCCUCCCUUGAACUACCUAGGUAUACCCUAGACGACUCAUGAUUCUGUUUUCGCUGCCUUGUUUCUGCACGCACCGUAUACCCAUAGCGGGGGUCUUUGAGGAAGGCAUUUUGUAACAAAACAACUUUGCCCUAUUGGCUAUCAAACUGCUGUACCUAUAGUUUCAUUCUCGAAAAUCUCAGGGAGCACGGGCCUCCUAGUAUCAACCCAAGACUAGAUGUUUUCUGGCCUGAGCUUUUUGCGCGCCUCAUCUACCUGUAGUGAUCAUUAUCAUAUAAUAUCGUCAUCGAAAGCAGCGUGAUCCAACCA